AUGUUGGAGUAUGAUCAGACUAUUGAAGAUUUAGAUGAGUACGAGAAGGAAGAAGGUGAAGACGGAGUUGAGGAGGUGGAGGAGGAGGAGGAAUGUGAAGAGGAAGAACCUCCAAAACCUACCAAGGAGGAAUUGGAAUAUCUUGAAUUGAGGCAACGACUGAAAGAACGUUUUAGAAAGAAAAUGAAGAAGGAAAAUGGCUCUACUCAGGCCAAUUGCCCUGAGAAAAGGAAGAAACUGUCGUAUGAUAAUUAUGGAUCCUUCUUUGGCCCUUCAAAGUCAGUUAUUGCUCAAAGAGUAAUCCAGGAAAGCAAGUUAUUUUUAGAAACUCGGCAUUUGGCAUCGAAGAAUAAAAAUGGCUUUGCUUCAACUGCUGCUCGACCUAGUCAACCGACAAUGACAAAUGAGAAGCUUCAGGAUACAAGAGAUUACUCUUUUCUGUUGUCUGAUGAUGCAGAGCUUCCAGUUCCACCAAAAGAGUCUCAACCUCGAAAUGGCACUGUUUCAAACUCUGGUGUGUUGUUUCUUCACUGCUCCAAAUCUGGUUGCCGGUCUAUGAGGUUCAAAGCAUACUAUUUUCAUAAAGAGAACUUACACAGUUUUCCAUACUUUUCCCUGAUGUUGAAGACAUGCGAUUUUAUCAAGCAUCGGUAA